AAUGCUAUGUAUACUCUCCACCGUUACACCCUCCACUACCACCUUACAUUUCGUUACCUCUCCGUUAACUCCCAAACCCACGUAACCCAGUCCUUUCUUUCUUUCUCUCCUUUUCUAUCUAUGCCGUUCCAGUUGAUUCUCGGACAUCUUCGAUUGUUCCCCUGUUUUCUCAAAUGGUCCAUCGCUGUCACGAUGCUUUUCCAUUUCUCGUGGGUCGCAGGAGUAGGAGCAGAGAUAGAGCAAUCAUCAAUUGAAACAGUGGAGAGAGAAGCAUCAAACCCAGAAGCAGAUCUGGCGGAAUCAUCAGACCCAGAAGCAGGGGACAUGGCGUUACAGGGCGAUGGUGGCGAAAGCAGAUCUGUUGGAGGUCGGUUCGAAGGAACCCAGGCUGCUGAAGUUGUACAGUGUGUUCCUCAAGUUCCUGUUGAAGCAUCGUUUGUAGAACCAGAUCCAAAAGCCAGCGGAUGAGACCGCCAACCCUUUCGGUGUCACAACCAGAUCCGAAGAGUCGGUGGCCGCCUCGAACCCUUCUUUUACAGAUGACGUCGCCACCAAGGAUAUCCAUAUCGACUCAUUGACAUCACUGUCUACCCGGAUCUUCCAACCUGAAUCUGCUCUAUCUCCACCGGAGCUACCGGAGCCGAAAUCCAGAUGUAGAUCCUUUCAGUCUGAUAACAACUAUUUGAAUUCGAGGAGAAAUAGUUACCAGCCUCGAAAUUUGGGGUCACGAGAGAAGAAGUGAGGAUGAUGAACAGCAAGGGCUGGGUUGGGUUAGGUAACUUUAGAGUUAACGGAAAGUAAUGAGGGUGUAACAGAGUGUGAAACAGGGGUUGAUGUAUCAGCGUCCACUAACUUAUUGUGCUUCCCCUCAUUUUUUCUUCCAAACCGUAAAAUGAGGUUCUCCAUGUAUAGGCAAAACUCGAUAUUAAGCCCUCAGACUUAUCCCAUAUUAAUGUGUAAGCCCCCAUGCUAAAAAUUGUGCGACCGGCAAAGCCCCCAAGCCCGACAGCCCCCCCAUGAAGAAAGAAACCGGUAAGAAGCUUGGAUUUUUCCCUUCUUUUCUUGUUCAAGAACAAGAUUGGAACCCAGAAAUCUCUCCCCUCUGCUGGAAAAUCCGGAUCUGCCCUGCUCUGCUUUGUCCUUCCGCCGGCUGCUCUUGAUUGUGGGUGAUUUCUGGGCCAUUUUUUCGGUAAGAACAGCCCCUAAUUCCUUUGUUCUUCCUUGAUUUGGGCUUGGGUUACUCUAAUUUGUGCUUUUGGUUCUUGAAUUUUGGGUAAACCCGUGAGCUUUCCCUGCACUUGCCGCGGGCCUCUUCCCCAACUGCAGCUCCGGUUUUAGCUGGAGAAUUCUGGAAGCGAAACCGAGGACGGGGAAAUCGAGGAAAGUGACGAGUUAGGAGGCUAGCCAUUUCGAGAUUGAUAUAGAAUUUAGAUAUAGAUCAUGAUCUUGUAAACUGGAUUUUAAUUGGAGAUUUUAUAAAUUCAUUGAAUAGAU